CCAUUGGUUAUAUUGGUUAUCGGUUAUUAGUGGUUCGGUUAUGUCGGUUAUGGUUCGGUUAUCGGUUAUGGUGGUUAAUUUGCUCACCCCUAGUUAUUAUAUACUCUUUCUCGAUGAUUUUACUAAUUUCUUAUGGACUUUUCCAUUGUCAAAUAAAUCACAAGUACACUCCAUAUUUACGACCUUUGCAAAAUUCAUUAACACACAAUUUGAACAAAAAAUAAAGCAAUUUUAGUGUGAUAAUGGUAGAGAAUAUGAAAACGCAAUAUUCCAACAAUUUUGUCAAAAAAACGGGAUGCAUUUUCGAUUCUCUUGCCCCCCACACCUCGUCUCAAAAUGGCAAAGCUGAACACAAAAUAAGGUCCAUUAACAAUAUCAUUUGAACACUCUUAGCACAUUCAUCUCUACCAAACACUUAUUGGCAUCACGCCCUAGAAGUUGCUACUUAUCUUCUAAACAUUCUACCCAACAAAAUCCUCAAAAAUCAAACACCUACCCAACGCCUCUGUCACUGCAUCCCAUCUUACACUCACUUACAAGGGUUUGGGUGUCUUUGUUUCCCACUUAUUCCACACACUACUUUACAUAAACUUGCCCAUCGCUCUAUGCCAUGUGUCUUCCUCGGUUAUCCCCUUAAUCACCGAAGUUACAAAUCUCUUGAUCUCUCUACCCACAAAAUCAUCAUCAGUCGACAUGUGCUUUUUGAUGAAACUGUCUUUCCUUUUCCAAAUCACCCCAAACCUCCUCUACAUUCAUAUGAUUUUCUUCACACCUCCUUAAACCCCUUCUUCUUCACAUCAUCUUCAAACUCCACUGACCCACAAUCACCAAACACCCAACACGACAUCCCACCCCAACAAACCCAAUCUCCUCAAGCCCAAACAUCCAUGACCCAACCUUCCACACCGAACCGGCCCACUCACCCUACUGUACCAGCCUCCCUACCAAUUCGUUCAUAUUCCAGACGCACCCGCCCAGUCCAACAACAAAUGACCCCCCCCCCCCCCCGCACAACUUCACACCGAUCACGACCUCUACCCAGCCCACACAAUCGUCCCCGAGUCUGACCACACCUACCAUACUCACCCCCCUACGUGUGCUAUGGAUGGUAUUUCUAAGCCGAAACGAAUCCUUAUAUUUACUCCUUCGUUGACGUUCCCAUCCCUAAAAACCCGGGCCUUGUCCAAUACGGAGUGGCAUAAUGCAAUGAACACCGAAUUUAAUGCUCUUAUUAAAAAUAAGACAUGGGAGUUGGUCCCUAGACAACCUCAUAUGAAGCCCUUCGUAGUAUGUGGUUGUUUCGUUAUAAGUUUCGUUUAGAUGGUACGUUGGAACGUUAUAAGGCUCGAUUGGUGUGCGAUGGGAGUAAUCAACAUAUUAGGGUAGACUGUGGUGAGACAUUUAGUCCUAUGGUUAAACCUACUACUAUUCGUACUGUAUUGUCACUUGCUUUGUCUCAAAUUGGCCGAUUCAUCAGUUGGACAUUACCAAUGCCUUCCUCCAUGGUAACCUGAAUCAGACAGUUUAUAUGUACCAACCAAUGGGAUUCCGACAUUGCUAGUAUCCAGAUCAUGUGUGUUUGCUAAAUAAAUCACUUUAUGGUUUAAAACAGGCACCUCAGAUGUGGUAUUAACGUUUCACCGAUUUUCUGCUUACUUUGGAUUUUCAGCAAAGUAAGUGUGAUAAUUCUCUGUUCACAUAUCACCACAAUUAGGCCACUGCAUACCUGCUUAUCUAGGUUGAUGAUAUCAUCCUAACCACAUCUACUGGUCAACCCCGAGUGUAUCUCAUGUCCCGUCUUGCUCCAGAAUUUGCUGUGAAAGAUCUUGGACCUCUUUGCCAUUUUUUGGGGGGUCUAAGUUACAAGACACAUUGGCAAAUUGUUUCUAUCACAACAGGUUUAUACUAAGGAUGUUAUUGAGCGAGCCGGCAUGUCCACAUGUAAACCUGUAGCGACCCCUGUUGAUUCAAAACCGAAGCUAAGUGCCACAUCCAUCCCGAUGUUUCAUUACCUGACUCUUUAUCGUAGUCUGGCUGGAGCCCUACAAUAUUUUACAUUAACUAGACCUGACAUUUGCUAUGCGGUUCAACAAAUUUGUAUGCACAUGCACUCGCCGCGUAUUGAUCAUUGGAAUGCGUUAAAACGCAUCAUCAGAUACUUGCAGGGUACUUCGUCAUACGGUCUAACACUUGGGUCCUCCUCUGAUUCUUCAUUAUGGGCUUAUACUGACGCCGACUAGGCCAGCUGCUCUGACACUCGGUGAUCUAUCUUGGGUUAUUGGGUCUACAUGGGUCCGAACCUCCUAUCCUGGUCCUCGAAACGACAAGCGGUUAUCUCUAGAUCGAGUGCGGAAGCUGAAUAUCGCGGUGUGGCCAAUGUGGUGGCUGAACUGUGUUGGCUGAACUGUGUUGGCUUAGAGAUCUAUUAUUGGAGCUUCAUAAUCAUGUUACUAAUGCAAGUUUGGUCUAUUGUGACAAUAUUAGCGCUUUAUGCUUAUCGGGUAAUCCUGUCCAACAUCAACAUACAAAACACAUAGAGUUGGAUAUCCAUUUUGUGCGUGAACUUGUCCAAUGCGGUGCAAUUCGAGUCCAUGUUCAAGCCCGAUCUCAGGUUGCAAAUAUAUUCACAAAAGGAUUACGCAAGGUUCUAUUUGACGACUUCCGUUCCAGUCUAAGCAUUUGGCCUCCUCACGCUUCAACUGUGGGGUUGUAAUAGAUAAUAUAAAAUAGGAAUAUAGAUAUCUUAUAAAUGGAUGUAUAUCUCUCCCUAAAAAUAGGAGAUACUAUUAUAUUCUUAUAUAUUGUGAUGAUCAAUGAGAAGAGGGCAAGGACUCUCAAUACUAUCAAGUACUUUCGAUUCGGGUAGGGUGUUUUACCCACUUUUUACCUUCGUCAUACCGUACUGAGCACUUUCAGUACCGGCACCCGCUACCACUUUUGACAAUUUUUGUGAUAGGUACUUUCGGUACCGGUAUAGUACCAAGCUCAUCCCUAACAUAAGGUGUCAUAAGUGUCAAUAACUUGGACAUUACAUGAAUGAAUUUCCAAACAGAGUGAAAGAUGAGGAGUCUAACCUGAUCUGACACAAGGAUGAUGAACCAGUACUAAUAUGAUGGCCUACUGGAUCUUGAGGAAAAGUUGAAGACCUUCUUAAGCUAAGUUUAGUUUAAGGGGGAGUGUUGAAAGUAAACUAAGCUUAUUAUUUAUUAUAGUAAUAAGGGUAAGUGUAUCACUAUUUUAAACUAGGUUAAUGUGUCUAAAUGUAUUUAUAGAAAGUUAAAGGGUUAUGUAACACACUAGGCAAAUCCCACAUCAGUCGUGGCCAGAGAGAGAUGUUGGGUUCAUAAGGAAUGCCAUGCCUCUUAAAUCACCAACGCGUUUUAGUCUUAAUGCUAGUGGAUGAGAUAAAAACUUAUAGUUAAACGUGCUCGGUGGAAGUUGUAUCAGGGUGAGUGACCUCCUGUAAGUCUCCACUUGGAAAACCAAAAACAAAUCCCUGGGCUCUUUGUGUGCAAAGCAGACAAUAUUAAUUGGUGGUACGAGAGAUUGGAUGUUACAAAUGGUACCAGAGUCUGUGUUGGUCGAGAUAGAUGAUGGGGAUCCUUAUCGAUGACUGUUGAGUCCUGUGGGGGGGGGGGGGGUUUCAUGAGGACACCUUAGGAAAAUCACGCAUCCCUGAUUAGGAUAGUGGGGCAGACCUCAUUGAGGAUGUUGAGUCCAAAAGGGAGGGUGAUUGUAAUACCCUAGGAAAAUCCCACAUUGUCCAUGACUAGGAGAUACGUUAGGUUCAUAAGGAAUGUCGGGCCUCUUAAAUCACCAAUGUUUGGGCUUAAUGCUACUAGAUGAGAGGGGAACUCUAUAGUGAAGCGUGGUUAGAUGGAAGAAGUAUUAGGAUGUGUGACCUCAUGGUAAGUGUCUAUACUUAGGCAACCAAAAACAAAUCCAUUAGCUCUUCGUAGGCAAAGCAGAAAAUAUUGGUGAUAUGAGAUGCCAAAUGUUAUAGUUCAGUAUGUAAUAUGUAUAUUAGAUUUGAAGGUUAUUUGCCAAUCACGUAUGGAUCGGAGGCACUGUUUCAUAGGUUUCUAUAUACAUGUAUUGAUACAUUGUAUAUAUUGCAAUCAAGAAUCGACAAUUAUUAUUAGAAAUCAAAAUUCAAGCUUGUUCAAUCAUCUUGUUUGUUCAUUCAGUUGUCUUUGAUUACCAACAGAUAUUAAAACUAAUUAUAGUCUUCUCCUUCCAUUCAGCUUUUAGUAUUUCCCUUAAAAGAUAGUUCUUAAUUACUUUCAAAGAGUUGAAACAUAAAUGGCUCCUCUAGUUUAAUUAUCAGAAAUAUGAAGUUUGGGUUUUAAUUUUGUAAAGUUACACAUUUACUAUUUUGAAAAGUUACACAUUUACAUAACACUAGUGCGAUUUAACACCGACUUUAGUCUAUUUUAAAUGAAACAAAGACAUCAUGUGUAUUGGUUGGUAUAUAGCAGUGGCGUCUCUGAGAAUUCAUAUACCUUGUUCGAGCUCAAAAAAUGUGCCUAUAUGCUUUAACGAUAUAGGGAAAUAAUCCUAUUCUUUCAUAUGCUCCAAAACGUCUAUACGUUGCUAAAUUUAUUGGUUAGUGAAAUUGCCAUGAAAUUUGCCGUUGUGUGUUAUAAUUUUUAGAGUAAAUUACAACUUUUGUCCUUUAUGUUUGUACCAAAUUGCAAGCGAUGUCCUUUGUCUUUAAAAUUGACGAAUUUUGUCCUUAACGUUUCAAAAUACUGCACGUUAUGCCUUUAGCCCUAACAUAGUUAAUUUUUUCUGUUAAAUCUGGUCAUGUGCCUUACAUGUGAGGGUAUUUUUGUCAUUUCAUGUCAAAAGGACUAAUUAUGUAAUUAACUUUAAAAAUCAAAAAGUUUUUAAACAAAUAAAAAAGUUAUAUAAUUUAAAAUAAAAACACUCUCAUUUCCACCACCAUACACCAUCUAGCACCACCACCACCAUCCACUCUACUGCCACCCUAGUUAGUAUCCAAACCCAAAUGCUACCAUCUGCAUUCUUGAGGUGGUAUACAAAACAAAAGAAAAAAACGGACAUAACCCCAAACAAUUGAAAAUGACGCCACUGCUCCCAAGUGAAAUCUCCCAACCUUGCUUUGCUCGUUAUCCAUAGAUAUCCCACAGUUUGGAUUUCUCCGAACACCUCUUUCGGCUGCACCCGUUUGCGGAAAAACACGUGGUCGUUUCUAGACUUACAAACAUCUCUUCCAGCCGCUCCUGUAAAUCUGACCAAACCCUAACCCUAACCUUAACUCGCUAAAAAAACCCGCAUCCACCGACAAAUCUCGGCCAUGGCUCACCGGCGACCUACUCGCUGCUCGACCUAACAACCUGCGACGAGUCUCUGGACUCCGGCCGUAACUCACCUGCGGCCUACCCGUUCCACCCUACCCCCAUCACCAAACCAUAAAUCUAUAUUGAGAUCCGGCGUGAUGAAGACCAUCACCGCCACAACUACUGCCUUUCACCACCCUCACCGAUUUCCACACAAAACCUCCAUAUUCAGCCACCCCUAACCUCUAAUUCACAUAUUACUCAUCACCAACAAUCGACAUUCACCUCAACCUUGCGAUGGUGGAGUUGGGGUUUUCAGAUUUUUUAGCAAUGACGCCGGAAAAUAGAUUCAGGUGGUCGGCGAUGUUCAGUAGGUUAGAGAGGGAGAAAGAGAUAAGGGUUGUUGUAGGUUAGAGAGAGCAGUGUUUUAAAAAGCGGUAAAUACCAGCCGGUUAUACCGGUAUUACCGGUUUCGGAUGCAAAUCCGGUACGAAAUACCCCGGUAAAUAAGUGAAACGGCAUAAGAUUCAUACCGGCAGUAAAAUCCGGUAUACCGGUUUGAACCGUAAUACCGGUACCGGCCCAUGGUUAUUUUGGUUUGGGUUUUUAGUAUUUUAGAGUUUCAUCAUAUACAUAUACCAUCGAUCGACAUUCAAAACCAUCAUCACUUACGGUUCAUCACCUCAUCCACAAGAUUCAGCUCCAUCUUCAUCGGCUCAUCACUCCAUCUUCAUCAUGCUUCCAGUUCCAUCUUCAUCGGUCUCACAAAAAUGGAGCAGACAUCUCAAAUUAUUGGUCCGGUUGUGAAUAUUUUGACUACACACAUCACGAAACAACUAGGAUAUGUCACUUCCUCCAGAAAAUAUGUUAGGGACAUGUCAAAUAAAAUGACGGUCUUAGAGGGUAAAAGAGUUGAUGUAGAAACGCACAAGCACGCUAACAUUAUAAAUAAUAAAGAGACACCUGCUCGUGUCGAGGGUUGGUUAGGGGAUGUUGAAAAUGUCAAGAAAGAAGUUCAAAGCAUUUCAAGCAAUGUCAUUGGGUGUUUAAACAUCAAAAUGAGGUAUCGAUUAGGAAGAAAUGCCUUCAAUACUAUCAAGGAGAUUGAACGUCUUAUUAGCGAAGAAAUUUAUUGGAGAGAUGCUAAUAUACCUACUGGAAGAGUCAAUUCGGAAUCGGUUUCAUGGUCUGCACCGUCAGCAUCAGGUGAAAUUACUCAAAGUGACUUCAAAUCUAGAGAUCAGACAUUUAAGGAUGCAUUCAGGUUCCUUCAACAAGACGACAAGACUAGUCAAGUAAUAGCCUUGUGUGGAAUGGGUGGUGUGGGCAAAACAACCAUGAUGGAACAACUCAAAACGGUUGCACAUGACAAGAAGAUGUUUGAUUGGAUUGUGAAGGUGGUUAUUGGAAACAAUCCCAACAUGCUUUCUAUUCAAAAUGAUAUAGCACUAUGCACCGGUGAAGUUCUACCUGAAGCUACCAAAGCUGCAAGGGCAGAACAUCUUUGUAGAAGAUUCAAGAAUAUAUUAGAAGACGAAAAAACAAAGAUUCUAGUGAUAUUGGAUGAUGUAUGGGAGAAGGUUGAACUAAAAGAUAUUGGAUUAACAGGUCCUUUACCUAAUGGUGUGAAGUUGUUGCUCACUUCAAGGAAUUCUAAUAUUUGCACUCAAAUUGCAGCUAGUGUUGAUUUGGUUCUUCGGUUAGUUAGUGUCGAUGUCUUGGAGGUGGCGGAAGCACAAGGUUUAUUUUCUCAAAUUACAGGACUUUCAGAGGAAGAUGAUCAGGAUCUAUAUCAAAUAGGAUGCGAUAUAGUCAAGAAAUGUGGCCGUUUACCACUCGCCAUCAAACUCAUUGGCACGACUCUUAAACAUCAAGAAAAUUUCGUAUGGAGAACUACACUUAACCGUUUGAGGAAUAAUGAUCUUGAUGCUAAUGUGCAAGAAAUUAUCAAGAUAAGCUACGAGCAUAUAAAGUAUGAUGAGGAUAAAGAGAUUUUUAUGCAUUGUGGCUUGUUUCCGGAAGACUAUAAUAUUCCGAUAGAGCAUCUCACAAGAUACGUUUGGGGUCUAAAAUUGUUAAGAAAUGUUUCCACUUUAAGUGAGGCUAGAGAUCUAACAUAUACAAGUGUGCGCAAUCUCAUAAACGCAAACUUGUUGAUCAAUAGCGAUCACCUUGGGUGUGUCAAAAUGCAUGAUCUGGUUCUUGCUUUUGUGUUAGGUAGAGUUUCCAAAGGCGAUCCUACCUGGAUUAUUAACCACAGUGAUAUGUCCAAGUGGGGUAGAGAUGAAUUGAGCAAUUCUUGCAGCAAAAUUUCAUUAACAUGCAGAGGUAUGCCUGAAUUUCCGAGAGACUUUAAGUAUGUUAAUCUCUCUCUAUUACAACUAAUGCAUGGAGAUUUGUUGCUCAACUUUCCGAAAGAUUUUUAUGAAAAUUUUGAAAAUCUGGAAGUCAUAGCGUAUUAUAAAAUGCAAUAUCCAUUGCUUCCAAGAUCAUUUCAUUGUUCUACCCACCUUAGAGUACUUCUUCUCCAUGAAUGCCAGUUGAUGUUUGACUAUGAUUUUGUUGGAGAUCUUGUGAAUUUGGAAGUGCUCAGCUUCGCUGGUUGUAGCAUUCACAAGUUACCAUCUGCAAUAGGGAAUUUGAGAAAGCUAAAGUUACUAGAUUUAACGGGAUGUGUUGACCUUCAUAUUGAUGAUGGUGCCUUUAAAAAUUUACACAAUCUUGAAGAGCUUUAUAUGAGAGUUGGUGACAAGAAAGUAGUCAGGUUCACGGAGGCCAAUUUUGAAGAACUGAAGAUGCUAUCCAGCCAACUUUGUGCAUUAGAGGUCGAGUUUGUUGAGAAGAAGACUUGGAUGAAGAAUGUGUCCUUUAAUAAACUUGAUAGGUUCAAGAUAUCUAUUGGUUGUCUAUUGGAAGUACAAUAUGACGACAAAAUACAUUUGUUUGAAAAUACAUUGAAGCUUGUCACUAGUUGCAACCACCUUCUUGAUUUGAAAAUUAGUGAGUUAUUUAAGAAAACAGAGAAACUUCAUUUACAAGUGGAAGAUAUGAGUCGUCUUGAAGAUGUUUCGCACCGUCUUUAUAAUCAACACUCUUUUUCAUAUUUAAAAGACCUUGUGAUUUCUGAUUGUCCAAAAUUGAAAUACCUAUUCCCAGUUUAUGUGGCAAGUGGGUUGAGGAAACUUGAGCGCCUCGAAGUUUCAUCAUGCGCUGAUUUGGAAGCGCUGGUACAUGGCGAUGGAAGGGAGAUAAAUAGUGAAAGUGAGCUGAUUAAAUUUGAACUGCUAAAGUUUUUGUCUUUGGAAAACCUACCGAAGCUGGUAUGUAUGUUCCUCAUUGACCAUGCAGUUGACCUACCUCAGCUCGUUGAAUUAGAAGUUGAUGGGCUUCCUAACUUCACUAGCAUUUAUUCUUACAAGGACAAUAUAUCUACAUUCUUGAAUAGCAAUGUUAAAAUUUCAGAGUUGAAGAAACUGAAGAUUACAUCUAUGAAGAAUUUGAAGCAGAUAUUGGAUGUUUCCAACCAAUCUAGUGAGGUGGAUGUUAGUAAUAUUUCCAUGUUGAGAGAGAUUGAAGUGGCGGGAUGCGAUAGUCUAAUGAAUCUGUUUCCAACCAAUCCUAUGAGACUACUAAAACAUUUAGAAAAGCUUGAAGUUCAUAGAUGUGGUUCCAUUGAAGUGAUAUUCAGCAUUGACAUGGGAUGUGUAGGUGAAGUUGAGGAAGUUUGUAACAGCAGUUUGAGAAGAAUUAAAGUGACAGAUUCAGAGAAGGUAAGAGGGGUGUGGAGCAUAAAAUGUGGUGAAUAUAACUCAAGUAAUAGUAGUAGUAGUAGUAUCCUCAUCCGUAGCAUUGAAGCUGUUGAAAGCAUAGUGAUCAAAGAAUGUAAGAUGUUUAGAAAUGUAUUUAUACCAAACAACAAGUUUGAUAUGAGAGCAGUUGAAGACAUCAUAUAUGAGUGUGGAGAAAGUGGGAGAAACAAAGAGCAAGAGUUUAAUGUCACAUCCAACGAGGAGAUACAAGAUGUCGUUGAAAAUGGUUUUAAUGUUGUAUUCCCAUCCUAUCUCAUACCCACUUUCCAACAUCAACUUUCUUACCUUAGUUUAUCGGGUAGAGUGAAUGUAGUAUUUGAGAUGCGCAAUGGAGAACCGGAAACACCUCAGGAUACUGAACAACAAAUAUUACUAUUUCCACACCUCAAGGAUUUAAGUUUAAGCCAAAUGGAGACGCUGACUCAUGUGUGGAAGUGCGACAAUUGGAAUAAAUUCUCAGUUCUACAUAAACAAUCCUCAUUCCGCAGCCUCACAACCAUAUACAUGAGCAGAUGCGACAAGAUUAAGUAUUUGUUUUCACCUCUAAUGGCGAAACUUCUUUCCAACCUAAAGACAAUCGAGAUAUCUACAUGUGGUGGAUUGGAAGAAGUUGUUUCAAAGAGAGAUGACAAAGAUGAAGAAAUGGCUACAUCUACUACCACUAAUGUAUUCCCUCAUCUUCAUUUUCUCAAACUCAGGAGCCUAAAAAAUCUAAAGCGUAUUGGUGGUGGUGGAAAAAUUAAGGUUUCCAAAGUCGUUGAUGUUUCAUGGUCCUUAUGCCAGUACUCUAAAGUGAUAUACAUAUACGAGUGUCAUGCAUUGUCAAGUGCGAUUCCAUAUUAUGCAAUAGGACAAAUGCAAAAUCUUCAAGAGUUGCAAGUAAUUCGUUGUGGUUCAAUGUUGGAGGUAUUUGAAACUCAAGGGAUCAACAAUAGUGAUGGUGGCAGUAGUAGUACUAAAAUUGAUGAAGGAAAUGGGGGUGCUCAUACUACAACACUGUCUAUUCCAAAAAUAAAAAAUAUUAACGUGCCUCAACUAUCCGGCCUAAAGAAAUUGACAAUCGUAUCUUGUAACCGUUUGCAUCAUGUAUUCACAUUUUCCACACUUGGAAGCCUGAGACAACUCGAAGUGUUAAGUAUACGGAGCUGCAAGUCAAUGGAAGUAAUUGUGAAGAAAGAAAAUGGAGAACAAAGAAAGGUUGUAGUAUUUCCUCGUCUAACAUCCCUUACACUACUCGAUCUACCAAAUCUAAAUGGUUUCUUCUUGGGGAUGAAUGACUUCCAAUGGUCCUUACUAGAAAAGGUUACGAUCAGUCGAUGCCCACAAAUGAUGGUGUUCACAUCUGGUCAAUCAAUAGCUCCCAAGCUCAAGUAUAUACAUACGAGAUUAGGCAAACAUAGUCUUGACAGCUGUGGCCUUAAUUUUCACGUGACAAGAGACUUGCAUCAGACCAUUUUACCAAGUUCGGAGCAUACAAGCUGGUGCUCUACUACUUUGGAACCAUUACCUUGGUCUUUUCAUAAUUUGAUUGAAAUAGACAUGCAAUGGAAUCGUGAUGUUAAAAGCAUUAUUCCCUUCAAUGAGUUGCUACAUCUGCAAAAGCUGGAAAGGAUUCAAGUCAUAAGUUGUGAAAAUGUUGAGGAGGUGUUUGAAGUAGAAGCAAUGGAAGAGGAAUUGGGAUUGGAGUUACUUUUCAGGGAAGAAGAAGACGUGGAGGUGUUUGAAGGGAGAAACAGUGAAUCCCAAACUCAAACUCUACUUGUACAAAUUCCAAACCUAACACAGCUGAAGUUAGAUGAUCUAUCCCAUCUCAAGUAUAUAUGGAAGAGCAACCAUCAUGUGUUGGAGUUUCCAAACCUAACAACACUCUUUAUUCAAUCAUGCCCUGUAUUAAAACACGUAUUUACUAGCUCCAUGGUUUUUAGUAUGCAACAACUUCAAGACCUAUAUAUAGGUGGCUGCAAAAACCUGAAGGUAAUUGUCAAGGAAGAAGAAGAAGAGUCUGAAUGUGAUGCAAAAGUCAAUAAGACUUUGAAGUUACCUUGUCUAAAGUCUUUGAAACUUGAGUACCUUAAAAGUCUCGAGGGAUUUUGCUUAGGGAAGGGUGAUUUUUCAUUCCCAUCGUUACAUACUUUGGAAAUCAAGAAAUGUCCUGAAAUAAAGGUUUUCACCAAGGGAAAUGUGGCUGCUCCAGCACUGCACGUAAUUGAUACAAGCUUUGGGAGGUGUUGCAUAACAGAAGACAUCGACUCCUUUAUAAAAACCAAACAAAACGAGGGAUUUAGAGUAUGAGGGAAGUUUCUCAUAUAUACAUGCAAAUUGGCAAGUUGUGCCGAGGUUUCUGGCCAUUUUCUUCUUAUCAAACGUGAGUUCCAACUUGCAUGACAAAUGAUGAAGGCAAGUCAUCUGAAUUAUGUUCCCCUUGCUGAAAUUUGACUAAAUUCGGGCGUCGGAUCAAGCUGAGAUGAGUUCUCAGCCGUUUAAAAUUCCCUAAAGCUUCUAGAAGCAGCAUUUGGCGGCGGUUUAGCUCCUGAUUUUACUCCAGUGAUUUUCGCUAGAUCUUCUCGUCCACGUUCCCCAAAUUGAUGAAGUUCCUUUAUUUCGUCUCCCCUGAACGAUGAUGCAUGUUAUCAUCCCGUCGGCUAUGGUUUCAAGGAUUCGCUAUAUACCUAUGAAUCAAGUUAUCAAAGUUCGAACCGGUCUCGUCUCCGGCGUGAAUUGGACCAAAAAUGUAAGUGCAUUGCUACUUUAAACAAUUAGCGUUUAUAUUGUCUAAUUCAAGUUGCAGGAGGCAUAUAUUUAUAUAUAAGUUAAACCUUUUUUUCCAAAUUGACCCAUUAUAUUUAUGUGUAUAUAUGAUACUUUAAUUUGUUUUGUUUGUUCGGGUUGGAUAUGUGACAACCAUCUGCUUUACAUGUUUCCUCAUAAGAUGUGUCAUGAUUAUAAAGGAUACAUAUUACUUAUCUGCUUUCUACCUUGACAUUGUUGAAAGAGAUGCCGAUUUACUUCCUGAAGUGGUUCCUGGAUACAAGCCACCGUCACCCUUUGUCUGGUAGAUCUAAGCUCACCGAUGCUGAGUUAACUCACUUGAGGAAGCAAGCUUACCAUUUACCUACUCAUUUUGUCCUAGGAAGAAACCGAAACCUUCAAGGCUUGGCUGCAGCCAUCCUAAAACUGUGGGAAUUCCUAACACAAGCAAUGAGCAGAUGGCCUCCGAGCUUAAGCUUCUCACUGGCGUAUUGUUAUCCAUAUAAUACGCUACAGAGGCAAAGAUUUCCUUCCUCCCGAUGUUGCAGAUCUUGUAACCAACUGAGAAGCGGAGAUCAAAAGCUUCCAACUUCAAGAAGAAACCAUACGUGCUAAUACAGUUAUGUUAGUUAUGUUCCCAUCUCAGCAUGAAACGAAAUGUUUUAGUUUGGAACAAUUACUAUUUCAAGGAAUUGAAGUCGUUACAACGGCUUGAAUGUAGCAUGCGUUGAACCGGCUUAUUUAUAUUUAAAUUACCCCAGUUCGAAUUAA